AUGGGAGAAGUGGCCACGGAUAAUUAUAGGUUUCAUGUUUUAGCUGUUGAUGAUAGCAUCAUUGAUAGAAAGAUGAUUGAGAGGCUCCUCAAGACUUCUUCUUUCCAAGUUACCAUUGUUGAUUCAGCAAUUAACGCUCUAAAGUUUCUGGGAUUACACGAAGAGGAAAAAGAAAACGCUUGCUGCAACGAUAAUAUGCAAAUCAAUUUGAUCAUCACGGAUUAUUGCAUGCCAGGAAUGACGGGUUAUGAUUUAUUGCGAAAGAUUAAGGAAUCAUCAGUGCUGAAGGACAUUCCAGUUGUAAUAAUGUCAUCUGAGAAUGAACCAUCAAGGAUUAAGAGAUGCUUGGAAGAGGGAGCAAAGGAUUUCUUCCUUAAACCUGUCAAGCAGUCUGAUGUCAAUAAACUAAAAUCCCACUUAGUGACAACAAAAGGGAAACAACAAUCACAACAACGACAUCUGCUACAGUCUUCCCCAACUCCUAAGAAAAAAAUUCAUUGCUUCCCAUGGGCUAGAUUUCAAUGA